GCAUCAAGUUGAUCAAACAAGACUCCAGUCAUCCCGAGCUUAUACGCACUAGACCGCCGGCCAAGAUGCAGCUCUCCCUCCUCAGCGACAACCUCCUGUUCCUGGGCAUGCUAGUGGUCAUCUGCUCAGCAGCGCCAGCAGCGGAGAACGACGCCCCCGCCCUGACCUUGCCAGGCCGUCUCCCGUCGACCUGCAUCGACUACAGCAAGACGACGUCUUGCUUCACAGCCACUACCACCACCACGGUGACGCCCAGAGACUGCCCCAAGAUCAAGUGCCAGGUCCCCACGGACCCAAUCGCGUGCCCGGCGUACAUCAAGAUCACGACCACUGCUGUGCCGUGCAGCACCGACUGCUGCCCGCGCACGCCGACGAAGACCGUAACCAAGAAGCAGUGCCCAACCUGCACGACGGGUUGCGUUAUUCCCACCGAGACUUACACCGUCACGACUGGGUGCAAGACCACUCCUGGCGGCAUCCUGACGCCGACGGCGACGCUAAUCAUUGGGUAAGAGUAGGUAGGGAAGGUAGAGGUAAGGAGUCGGAAAAGGAAAUAAGUGUCUCUGCCUCUGUUCAGUUGCCUUCGAUGGCUUCAUUAACAACUCUAUUUUGCUUGACAUUUACCCACCCUCUGGUGAACAUGUCGUACCCUUGGUAUCUCUCUACACAUGACAUCUUAAACAUGACAUCUUGAAUGCUAUCACCGCACCUGGGCACCCUUCAAGCUGGCCACUUUGCACACACCCCCGC